CGAGAAGGACCGACUCCAUUUUGUGAGAGCCGUUGAAGCAGAGCCGAGACUCCCGCCACCGCGAACCAGCCGAACACCAGAGACAGUCUCAGUCAGACCGACAGCCCGCUAACCAAGUUAUCAUCCGAAAGGAAAGCAAAUCUUAUCGUAUGUCCGGUAUCCAGAACCUCCAAUCUUUUGACCCCUUUGCUGAUGCAACUAAGGGUGAUGACCGCCUCCCAGCCGGGACUGAGGACUACAUCCACAUAAGAAUCCAACAGCGGAACGGCAGGAAGACCCUCACCACUGUUCAGGGCAUUGCCGCCGACUAUGACAAGAAGAAGCUAGUCAAGGCCUUCAAGAAGAAAUUUGCGUGCAAUGGGACAGUGAUUGAGCACCCAGAGUAUGGUGAAGUGAUCCAGCUUCAGGGAGACCAGCGUAAGAAUAUCUGCCAGUUCAUCAUGGAGGUUGACCUGGCCAAGGAGGAGCAGCUCAAAGUCCACGGCUUCUAGAAGCUGCUAGCAGCCCUCUCCCCCCUUCUCUCCUAGAAGGCCAUUAAACAACCCCCCCAACCCCUCUCCUCCCCCCUUCCUCUUAUGUGCUGCUGUUGCUCUUUCUCUCCCCCCUCGCAGCCCCACCAGCUCCUAUUAGCUAACACGUGAAUUACCUCUGACAAACAUGGGACUCUGUAACACCGUUGCCCCCCUUCGACACCAGGGGGCAGGCUCGCUCUCUCAAAGACGCACCACUGCAGCUCCACACAACAUCAGGGAUGAGUGGUGACGACCCGGCCACACACACACUUCCUCCUUCCCCCUUUGCCCCUCGUUUAUUUCCUUUUUUAAUUUUCUUUUUAGGUUCUUGUGCCACAACGAGGCACCGUUUCAUGUAACUUUUUUGUUUUGUACUUAAAGGUGUUUCAAUAAAAUGAUGAGUGUCCAUA